CUCAUUUUGUCUUAUCCAAAAAAAGCGCUUGUUCUUAGUAAUUAAUCAGCUGUUUAUCGAGUGACUUCACUCCUUUCAAAUUACUACCUCAACAUUUCUACACGUUUUUAAUUAAAGAAGUGAUUUCACUUAGAGCAACAACGAAUUCAUAGUCUCCUCCUAUCGGGUUAGUGUCAUUAGGCUUGGAAAAGGUAAAAGGUUAGUUCACCUUUUUUUAUAAGAAUUUAACCUUUUUGGUUAUAUAGAGGGCGCUGAAAUUUGCUCUAAGUGAGAUCACAACUGUAUUAAUUAGUGAAAUUAUACAAUUAUAAUUAUGUCAUUUAACGAUUUACCUGAUAUUUGUCUUUGGAAGAUCUUCGAAAAUGUCCAUGAGGCCAAAGAUUUGAUUCGAUUGUCUAAAGUUUGUUCAAGAUGGUCCGAUUUAAUUACGCUUAGAUUCAAUCGAGUAAAAUAUCUUCAAAUGAUGGACGUUAAUAGUAAUAAAGUUGAUUAUAUUGAUGCGAACAGUUUGUGGAUGAAUGAGUAUACGAAUUGGAAUGAUUACAAUUUAUUCAAAUUGUUUCCAAAUCUUAAGAUUAUAGAUACUGUGGCCUUUGAUUAUCAUGCAUCUUUUAAUUUACCAGAAAUUGUCAAAAAUAAUCCACAAAUCAAGGGAUUGAUCGGUAUGGAUAAAUUACGUAAAGAUGGUUACUUGGAAAAUAUCGAGAUGUGCGCUGCAGAAUUUAAUUUCGAUUAUAAAAAAGUUUUUCGACCUGAUCAGUUGAAACAAGUUUGCUGCUUCCGUUUUCACACGAAUGAUCUUCCUUCAUUCAUUGAAUAUUUUCCAAAUUUGAAACGACUUAACAUCGAACCUCGUGAAGAGUCAAUUGUAUCGGACGGGGUGUUUUACCAUGGACCGAAUUUGUCUUCGUUAAAGAUUCUUGAACUUGGUACAAACAAUUUUUUUGAACAAUUCACUGGAUUUCAUUUAAUGGGGUUUUGUCCCUCUUUGGAAAGCGCUUUCUUCCACUGUUGGACACAGUAUAUUUAUGUAGAUGAAUCGAUAAAGAAUUACAAUCUAAGAGAUCUGGUCAUCGAGAAUACUGGGCUUUUUUCGUGGUCAUUACUACAAAGAGUACUUUCCAAAUUUCCUAAUUUACAUCAUCUUGGGAUCAGAGGUAUUCGUAAAAUUAAAUACAGUAAUUUAGAAGAAUUGGUAAAAUUAUUACCUGAGUUGAAGAUAUUGGACUUACGGAAAUGUAAGAAUGUGAACCACAAAUCAGCUGAUUUUCUGUCCAAAUAUUGUAUCAAAGAGAAUCGAUCAAUUGUAAUUUAUCACAAUUGUGAAAACGAACCCAUCGAAUGGCCUAAAUUGGUGAAUACUCGCGAACAAAUUGUCUACGGAUUCGAUUUUAUGAAACAUUGUUUUUAUAAAACUUUCAAUUCUCUUCCAGUUCUCAUGGAUGAAUAAAGAUCGACUGACUUGAAUGAACAAAAAAGUCCAAAUAAAUCACGAGGCUGAUUAUUCAUUAUAUGUUUAUUAAGUAUCUGCUCAGCAAUUAAAUUCA